AAUAGCCUGGGAUCGGGCGGCAGAGCGGAGCAGGCUGAGCCGACAGGGGAGCACGUUUAGCCGGAUACAUGAACCGCUGUGUCCCGGUGUCGGAAAUCACGACCCAGCAUUUUGGGAUUUACAUUUAUUUAUUGAUUUUUUUUUUGCAAGCAGACAAGCGGCUGCAGAUCCGUCCACCCGCCUUUCAUUUCAGCGAGAGCAGCGACUCGGACACAACGUUAGCAGGAGCGGCCGGCUGCAGCCUAUCUGAAGAUGUCUGAUAAUGGGGAGGUCGAGGACAAGCCCCCAGCUCCGCCCAUGAGGAACACCAGCACCAUGAUUGGCUCCUGCAACAAGGACCCCGCCCCCCUCAACCACGGCUCCAAGCCCCUCCCACCGAACCCGGAGGACAAGAAGAAGAAAGAUCGCUCGAUUCGAUUCAUCCUGACCGGAGGAGGCGACAAGACGUACAAGAAGAAGGAGCGUCCGGAGAUUUCUCUUCCGUCGGACUUUGAACACACCAUCCAUGUUGGCUUCGACGCUGUUACCGGGGAGUUUACUGGGAUGCCGGAGCAGUGGGCCCGGCUGCUGCAGACGUCCAACAUCACCAAGCUGGAGCAGAAGAAGAACCCUCAGGCCGUCCUCGACGUGUUGAAGUUCUACGACUCGAAGGAAACCGCAAACAGCCAGAAAUACAUGAGCUUCACAGAUAAAAACACAGACGCCUUCACCUCGUCCACCACAACAAGCUCCAAGGCCGUGUCGGAGACGCCCGCCAUAGCGACCGUAUCCGAGGACGAGGACGAGGACGAGGCCGAGCCACCGCCGGUGAUCGCCCCCCGACCAGAGCACACCAAAUCGAUAUACACUCGCUCGGUGAUCGAGCCUCUUCCUCCUCCGCCUCCGACCAAAGAUGCUGCGACCUCCCCCAUCUCUCUACCGACCGCCACCUCCACCUCCACCUCCUCCACCUCCUCCUCCUCCACCGCCACCGCCGCCGCCGCCGCCGCCGCCGUUACACCCGCCCCGCCCCCAGACGCCGCCCCGGGCAGCCCCCCCAGCGCAAGCCCCGCCCCCGGCCCCUCUCUGCCCCGCCCACAGGACAAAACCAGGAAGAAGAAGAUGUCUGAUGAGGAGAUCCUGGAGAAACUACAUGUGCUCAGGUCUCCCUCUGCUGGCACCAUCGUGAGUGUCGGAGACCCCAAGAAGAAAUACACUCGCUUUGAGAAGAUCGGUCAAGGGGCGUCGGGAACCGUGUACACGGCCAUAGACGUCGCCACCGGACAGGAGGUGGCCAUUAAACAGAUGAAUCUGCAGCAGCAGCCAAAGAAGGAGCUGAUCAUCAACGAGAUCCUGGUGAUGAGGGAAAACAAGAACCCCAACAUCGUCAACUACCUGGACAGUUACCUGGUGGGUGACGAGCUGUGGGUGGUGAUGGAGUAUCUGGCCGGGGGUUCGCUGACUGACGUCGUCACGGAAACGUGCAUGGACGAAGCUCAGAUCGCUGCUGUUUGCAGAGAGUGUCUCCAGGCGCUGGAGUUCCUCCACUCGAACCAGGUGAUCCAUCGAGACAUCAAGAGCGACAACAUCCUGCUGGGAAUGGACGGCUCCGUCAAACUCACUGACUUUGGAUUCUGCGCUCAGAUCACUCCCGAGCAGAGCAAACGCAGCACCAUGGUGGGGACUCCGUACUGGAUGGCGCCGGAGGUGGUGACCCGUAAAGCCUACGGCCCCAAAGUGGACAUCUGGUCCCUGGGCAUCAUGGCCAUAGAGAUGGUGGAGGGGGAGCCCCCCUACCUGAAUGAAAACCCGCUCAGGGCGCUGUAUCUCAUCGCUACCAACGGGACCCCAGAGCUGCAGAACCCAGAGAAGCUGUCGACGACAUUCAGAGACUUUCUGAACCGAUGUCUGGAGAUGGACGUGGAGAAGAGAGGCUCAGCUAAAGAGCUGCUGCAGCAUCAGUUCCUGAAAAUGGCGAAGCCUCUGUCCAGUCUGACUCCUCUCAUCCUCGCGGCCAAAGAAGCGGCCAAGAACAACCGCUAGUCCCGCGGCGGCGUCGUCGUCUCCCGGCUGGUUCGAACGCCUCCUCCCACCUCCUCCCACCUCCUCCCCCCUCCCUCCUCCUCUCUCUGUCCCUCCUUCCACCCUUCUCACCCCCUUUUUGACUCUCCACUGGACCGGGACGGGAAGAAACCCGACGUCACUGAGCGACUCCUCGGUGGUGGGGGUGAGGAGGGGGGAGGAGGGGGGAGGAGGAGGGGGGAGGUGUUCCUGAACAGAGCCCCAAAGACUCAUGGGAGUUUCUGCUUUUUAAAGUAAACAAACCCCCCCUGGACCACAGCAGCCGACCAGCAUCCUCCAUCAUGACUCCAUCAUUCACAUCCCGACCGUUUCAUUCAUUUCGUCUGAAAAGUGCAUUUUCAUAUGAAUCAGGUUUUCUUUCUGUGUG